CGCGCCCUUUUCUCCAUGGCUGCGAGCGUUAAACACAAUAACCAACCAACCAGCAAGGAUGCGGCAGCGGCAGAUGACACGCGAGCUGCACUGCAGGCGCUGGUUGUCGUGGAGCGAGAUUUUAAAGGCAGAACAGACCAGCGAGAUGAGUCGAUGCACCUGUCGGAGGCUGAUCUUCGCCCUCUGCUCAGAUUCCUGAUAGAGAAUGAGGCCAAGGAGGUCUACUUCCCCAUCAAGAGUGCGGGCUUGAGAGAUCGGCUUGCGGCGGUUGUCAAGGGCGUGCCUGAGGUGAAGCGCAAGCUAAUAUCAGUGGAGGUGCUGCAGCUGUCGGAGGACUGCGAGAACUUCGGGGACGUCCUGAGGGAGACCGGCCACCACAACGUCAUCAGAGACCACUUCGUGCUGGUCAGUCAAUCAACACACACACAGUACAGGACAUGGUGUGUGGCAAGGCAGGCACUGCUUCAUUUGGCUCGUUCUGCAAAUGCGUGUGCGGUGCCGUGCCGUGCUGUGUUGACUUGAUGCAGGUCCACGGGGAUGCGUUAUCGACGUGCAGAGGGCUGGUCCGCAGCGAUGAGGAGCCGGCCUCCAACGGUGUGGGUGUGGAUGCUGCUGCUGCUGCAUCUGGACCGGUGGGCCGGUUGAGCCCUGCAAUCAGCAACCACAAGGACCACAGCCGCAGCGGCAUUCCCGUCCUCGUCACCCAAAUAUACCAACUCAGGUCGGUAGGAUCGGCUGGAUGGAUGGAUGGAGGGAUGCAUGUGGGUGCACCUUGCUGUCUGUGACUGGGCUGCUUGUUGUGUUGUCAUGUCAGGGGGGGUGGCUGUGGCUGUGAUGCAGUGGAUGUGGACGAGGCCUUGGUGGGCUACGACAGGCAGACGGGCCAGCUGCUCCUCGACGAACCCAUACAGUCCAGCAAAGCCGCCGCCGUGCCUGUCAUACUCUCUACCGUAAGCCAACACAACCACCCACUUUGUCUGUCUGCACGGCACACGAUACGAUCGCUCGGCUCGGCCGCGUUUCUGUGUGAAUGCUCUAUCUAGGGGACGGAGAAGGGCGGCGGCGGCGCGCUGAUCGGAGCUCGUGGUGUGGUGCUUCGGUGCGACCUGGCCGACGCCCACCUGGCGGUGUGCAGCCCCGAUCUGAUCAAUGUGUUCCAGGACGAAGUCGACUACCGACACCUCAGAAGCAUCAUCCGCAAAUGCAUCAAAGACGACGUAGGCGCACACGCACACACCAACACCAGCGGGGGGGAAUGGGUGCUGCUCGUUUGGGUGGAAGCCUGUGCACACGUGUGUAUGUGUAUCAGGUCCAGACGCACUAUGUGUAUGCUGCAGUGCUCGACAGGUCGCCCGUGUCGGAUCAGCCCUCGACGGCCAACGGCACUGACCCCCUUGCAGCCACCAUGAAGGUGAGGCACUGAGCGAGCGAGUGAGAGGGGUCAGGGAAGAAUGAAGCAUCGUUGGCUGGACUGAAUGUGUGUGCCGUCAAUCAGCUGCCGCCUCAUCGAUUUGACGAGGACAGCAAAUACGAAAGGUUCGCAGCACAGCACAGAGCAGUACAGCAACCCUCACCCGAUGAACGUGUGGGCGUGUGCCGGGGCUGGCAGUGUGUUUGACUUCGACCGUCCGUCUGAGGUGCCCGAAGACGACGAGGAUGAUGAGCGUGAGUGGGGCGACAACGACGGCCUCUACGCCACUGACCCCCACACACACAAACCAUUCACCAAGGACGAAACCGAUAUGAUCAAGAGCGUACGCUUCCAAACACCCCACCCAGUCAGGAGCACUGGGCUGGACUGUGUUGUGUUGUGCUGUGCUGUGCUGUGCUGUGUGGUGUGGUGUGGUGCCCCUUUCCCCUGCAGGUUCGUCCGUUGGUUCGUGAGGUGUUGCGUGGCUGCGACUGCGAGGGGGCCAUACUGCAAAUCAACACACAGAGAGUCGCACACCAACUCAAGUCAGUCAGUCAGCACACACUCGCAUCUCACAGGCCACACAGACAGCCGCAGCCAGCGCGGCAACCGCUAAGUCGAUUGGUUGCAUCGUCUACCUACCUCCUCAUCAGGCCAGUGGAUGUGGUUCGUUUCGUCGUGCCUGAGUUCCUCAAGCGGCUGUCGCAGCUGGCACACGAACAACACCUGCCACAAGAACCCGGAUUCGUAAGAGGAUGGAUGGCUGGAUGGCUGGAUGGCAUGGCACGUAGGCUUGUAUGUAUGUAUGUGUGCCUGUGUUGUGUGUCAGGAGGACUGGUGUGGUUUGCUGCAGUCGCAGAGCAUCAGCGACUUCCUGCAGGGGCUGUGCGAGGGACAGGAUCAACACAAACUGCAGGUAGGGGCGGGCCGUCCGCAAGGACGGACGACGGAUCGAUCGGCCUGACGCUGGCCAUACUCACUGCCUGCCUGCUGUGGGUGGGGCGGGUUGUGUGUUGGUUGGGUUGCUUGAUUCGAUUCAGGCUGAGAUCUGCACUCAAAUCAUGCACCUAGCCACAAGGCAAGCUGAGCUGCCUCCUUUGCAGUGCACACCACAGCACAGACAACUCAACUAACUUGUGAUUAUGUACCUCAUUCAUGUGGUUGUUUAUGUGUUGGUUGACGCGAUGCACACGCGAAUACCUCCCAUACAGGGAGUCGUUCAGUUACGGCAGCCGGCGGCUGACGUCCCCCGACGACCAUCCUGGAUCGUCCAUAUCCCCGUCUGCUGGGUCGGAGUGUCUGUCGAAUGUCUUCCACCGCUCCCGUGCGCUGGCACAGAUGUUCAGAGCCCUUGUGGAGGAGGAACUCAUCGACGAGGACACACUGGCUAGGUGCGCACCACACCAUCGAUGGAUGACCCAGCCAGCCACAAUCAAUCAAUGCCACACGGACGGACGGCUGUGUCGUUGCGUGUCGUGUCGUGUUGUCUACAGCUGGCUCGGGGGCUUCGAGGAACGAUAGUAAGGAAGGAAGGCCGAUCAAUCGACUGCAUUCAUUGCAAGGGCGGAGAGCAGACAUCCCUCCCUCCAUCGACUGUGUGUGGUUUGUUCUGUAUGCAUGUGGGCACCGAUCGGUCGACCGAUCAGCCGUGACGACGACACGAGACUGCAGUACUAUGCUCCCAAUGGCCCUCUGAAAGCACUGCACAGGUGGGUGACCGACACAGCCAGCCAGCCAGCCAGGCAGGCAGGCAUGCCACUGACGAACAUGGGUGCACGUGUGUGUGCAGAUGGCUGGAAGAAGCCGAGUGAUGAUGAUUGUUGUUGCGUGGGGCGAAUUCCAGCAAUCGAUGGUGGUGCUCUUUAUUCGAAUGGCGCGUUUGGUGCACCACGUGCUGCGCAUGUCACGUGUGGUAUGGAUGACGUGAGUGACUUGGAGAGGAGAGCUCACUGUUUGAUGCAGACACACUUGGCUUGGCCGAUGAAUAAAUGAAUAAAGAAG